AUCUAUGUUGAUCGCACUCUCUGGAAAGAACAAGGUCGGAUUCAUUGACGGCACUAUCAAGAAACCUAAUGGAAAUUUGCUUGCAGCGUGGAAGUGCAACAAUGACAUAAUAACUUCCUGGAUUAUCAAUUCGGUUUCAAAGGAGAUAGCCGCGAGCAUCAUCUAUACUGGAUCUGCGAAGGAUAUUUGGGAUGAGCUUAAGGAGCGCUUUCAACAAAGCGAUGCUCCGCGAAUCUUCCAACUUCGUAAGGAAUUGGUUACUACAAUCCAAGGAACUCUGUCUAUUGAAGCUUAUUAUACGAAAUUAAAGACUGUCUGGCAAGAACUUACGGAUUAUCGACCGACUAUUGACUGCACAUGCUCUGGAUUGAAGUCUCUUUCGGAAUUCUUUCAAUCAGAGUAUGUUAUGACUUUCCUCAUGGGGCUUAACGAAUCUUAUGCCAAAAUUAGGGCCCAGAUUCUUCUUAUGGAUCCAAUUCCACCUAUGAACAAGGUUUUUUCAUUACUCAUCCAAGAGGAACGUCAACGUGCUAUAGGCACCAUCAAUCCUCCUCUUCCUUCGAUGGCCAUGGCUGUUGCUGAAAUUUCCAAGCGAAAUAGUGCUACUCAAUUUCGCCGAAAGGAUAAUCGAUCCUUCUGUACUCAUUGCGGCCUUCGUGGACAUGUAAUUGACAAAUGUUACAAAUUGCAUGGUUAUCCUCCAGGAUAUCGUGCUAAUAAUCCUGCUGCUAGGAUCGGCCAACUGCAUAAUCCCAAUGGAACCUCUCAUUCCAAUGGCGUUGUGGCUAAUCAGGUCUCUGAGAAGAAUGUUGAUAUUACUUCAUCCCCUGCCAUUCAACGACCAUCAAAUAGUUCGCCUGCUUUCUUUAAUAGCCUCAAUUCCAGCCAAUACUCACAACUUAUGGAGAUGCUUCAAUCUCACCUUCAGGCUGCUAAACCAGAGACCAUCACGCCUAUGAAUCAUGUUGCAGGACAGGUCACCAUUGAGAAUGAUUGGCAGGGCUGAAUGUUUAAAUGGACUUUAUUUUCUUACACCGCCAUUGUCCAUUGCUUGCCUGCCGGUGUCUUCCUCUCCUGCAUCUCAACCCGAUUCAGUCAUUA